AUGGAGGGCGAUGAGCCAGCUUGCUGGCAUACGAUGCCUUUUCCUCGUGGAUUUGCCACUCAACUAAACUGUGUUCUGAAUACUUGUUCUCCGAAUGUGAUCUGGUCGAAGGAUGAGACGACUAUUUUUAACGGGACGAGUUUCGUAAAGUCAUCAUCCAUUGACGAAAAGUCUUUCAAGUUGCAGCACAAGGUUGAGGUGGACUUCGAGAAAGGCUGUUCGAGUCAAUGCGACGACACUACGCCUUGUCCGGUCGGUAGUUCCUGUGUUGACAAUCAGUGCUGCACAUGCUCCAAAGAAGAGUUUACAUUGGUCCUGAAAAAUCUUACAUUCGAGGAUUCAGGACGUUACAAAUGUCAAAUUGCCAACCAGUCCGAACAGUUAGAGUUUCAAGUGGAAGUUCUUGAAUCGGGACUGAAAGGCGGCUUCCACGAGAAUAUUUCCUACGAUCAUUCGGAAUGUUGCCAGGAGAAGGGGAUCUCACCGCUGUGCCGUGCGAUGUGCAAACCAAGCGAAAUGGCCGAACAUCACUUCGAUCCUACUAGCUGCAAAACCGAUGAUUACAAAAAUUUCCUAUUUUGUGCUACGGAAAACGGAACCAGAAGCCAUAUACAUUGUUGCAAAACCCAAUUAGUGCCCUCGUUCUGUUAUGAUUUCUGCUCUGGUGACUUCAAGAUGCUUCGUCGAUCACAUCGCCUCUGCUUGUACUAUCUUCCCGAGAUCUUCGAAUGCUACAAUCGAGCUUAUCUACCAUACCCGGAUCCGCCCGAACAAGUCAUGGUGAACGCAGUAGAGCACGAUAAGCUGAGCGUUUGCUGGCGACCACCACCGGUCCACGACUCCAACAAGAACUUUCCAGUCAUAGACUACACCGUUUAUUAUAAAGAAAUACCAAAUUUCCCCUUAAUGGGAGGUGAUAUCGGAAUCCCUCUUCUAAAUGGUGACUACUCGGAAUUUGGUGAUCUGGACGAUGACACUGACUAUGUGGAUCCUGAGGUGACCACUGAGAAACCUACAGAACGUACAAGAAGGGAAGAGAAGAGUGUUUUGAAUCUCCAACCACCUCCAGAACAGAAUUCGGACUCUUUGGGCUCCGUCAGCAUCAGUAUUCGGAAGAAACGUGAUACGGUGGUUGUGAUGACACGGGACGAGGCCACAAACUCAACAACUAUCCGCGAAUUCAACUUCCAACAAAUCAACACUACUGGGACUUGUCAGACUAUCACGGAUCUACGAUCUUCGACUCGGUACAUUGUCUAUGUAACCUCCAGAAAUGAAUACGGUACUAGUGUGCCUAGUGUACGGUCCAUUGCUAGCACAAAUAUUCACACCGUGAAGAACAACGAAAGUAUUCCAGAUGUUAUGAAAUGCUGCAAAGCAAACCGAGUGUCCGACUUCUGCAGUUCAAAGAUGUGUGCUGUGGAAACCUCACCGAACUCGUUCGCCACUGUUUCCAUCGCAACAACGUGUCGUGUCGAAUGGCCAAAAGUCUCACCCUGCUUGGCAGACGGUCGUAAUCAUACAGAAUGUUGUCGCCGAAAAGGUGUUCAGAAUGAUUGUCUUCCAAUCUGUGCUGGAUCCACAGAAUCCUUGGGCGUCCACUCAGUACUGUGCCUGAAUCUCGACUUACAAGCAAUCUACCAAUGCCUUAGGGAGGGAUACGAGUCACACCCGUCACCGCCUGUCAAUGUUACCGUAACCUCAGUCACAGAAUCAACUGUGGUAAUUACAUGGGAAGAACCGGACUCAAACCCUGAUCUUGUCGAAACCUUUACCCUGAUGAUCAGGAAAGCCGAACAUGGAGCAAGAAUCAGAGAGGUACACAAUGCCGUUUCUCCUCAUACUGAAAUCGGUUUGGAUCCCGACAGCGAAUACUCGGUAUCGGUGAGGUCAAAUUCGCGGAAAGGGCAAUCACUACCUUCUACCGCUAUACUUUUCUACACGAAAUCGGACAGCAGAGGUGUUUGUGCUAUAGGGGAACCACUGUUGAUAUCUGAGGGUCGUCCGUUCAUCUGCAGCGCAAGCCAUCCUUGUCCACUUGGAUUCCAAUGCACAAACGUGGAAGAUGAGUCCUAUUGUUGCCAGAGAGAAUUUGGAAAUUCUAACGACGAUUUCCAAGAAUGCUGCAAGCAUCAAAAUGUGUCUCCAGACUGCCAGUCGUACUGCUACUUCAACGCUACCCUUCCGGUAGAAUGUCAACAAGACCUUAACAAAUGGGUGCAAUGUGCAUCCGAAGGCCGCGAUCACUCUCGCUGUUGCGAGAAGGAGCAAAUUCCUAAGGAAUGUCUCACUGGAUGUCGUCAUCCAUUCCAGGUGGCCGAUUCAUGCUUCAAUUCAUUGGAUAAGCUGUCGAUGUGCUUUUCGGCUCCACAUAUUGGGCUUCCAAAGGCUGUGGAACGAUUGAAAGUUACAGAGAUCACGUCGAAUUCAGCACUGCUUACAUGGGAAGACAUUGACUACGGAGUUGUCGGAUACAAAGUUGAAGUGUUCUCCAACGAUGCUUUAGUAAAUUCGGCUGAUAUCACGACAGAGAAUCAUCGUAUGGAAAACCUAAUUCCGGGCAGUGAAUACCGUGCUCGAGUGACUGCAGUGAACGGCCGAGGGAGCAGUCCUCCUUCGUUCAACGUCACAUUCACGACUCUUCCUGCUAAAAUCACUGACGCCGACCGUCCCAAAUCGCCAGAUGGACUUAGGGUCGUGUGGAAUUACGGCAAUCGGGUGAACGUCUCUUGGAAUCCAGUGAUUGCAAGAAUGGAUGAGAGCGCUAUACGCGGUGUCGUUCAAUACACAUUGUAUUACGUAGAAGCGGAGAAAACUGGACAGUGGACUACACUACAAACGAACAAUACAUGGGUAGUAAUGAACGAUCUCAAAAGAGACGCUCUUUACUCGUUGUACGUAAUCGCCACCGAAAACGGCAAGACCAGUCGAAGCUCUUCUGUCGCCACGGUGCUUGCGCAACCGGACUCGCUAGGUCUCCCGGAACCUGUUGUGAAGAUCACUCCGGACCAUCUUGACGGUGUUUAUUUGCAAAAUGAUAAAAUUACGAUCAACUGCUCCGUACCUGUGGAUGUGUCCAAGGGUCAUCUCAACAUUGACCUUACGGCUGGAAGUCAUUCGGCUAGUAACGAUCAUGGAGUUUCUUGGGUGGCUGAAGAAGUAGAGGCGGACUCAUCAAUUGAUACAGUGACUUGUGCCGUCACUGACACCGACGGUCGACAGAAUGUUGCUAUGAGACAUUUGCUGGUCAGAUUUGGUCCUGUUGCUAAAAUGGAUAGAGAAAAAGUCCGUGCAUUUGACGAUCAGUCAGCUAUUCUCACUUGUACGGUCAAGGGAUUCCCAACACCAGCAAUUCGAUUCGAAAUGGACAAUAAAGCUGUGAAAGGAGAAACACGAGUGAAGGUUGUCGCUAUGAACACCUACAAAGCCACCCUUCAUAUUAGAAACGCUACCGGCAAUGCGGGUGUCUACUCUUGUAUAGCGGAGAAAGAUGGAAGUCAUUCAGUGGACACGGCAGAGCUUGUGAUUUCUCGUGAACUGCUUCCGGUCAAUCCUCGACUAAUUUUAUCAUGUUGUGAGGAUGAACAUAUUGAAGGCGACUGUCUACAAGCAUGUACAAUAGGAAAGGCUCCACCUUCUGUUGGUAACUGCUCCCAGUAUGCUGCUAGCUUACUGAAAUGUGCAUCCGAUUUUGUCGAUCACAGUGAUUGUUGCGCUGUUCAGGGAGUAUCCAGCAAAUGUCUUCCACUAUGCUCAGGAGAUUCGUUCUCUACCGACGUGGACUGUACUCCUUACGCUGUAAAGAUCAUGGAAUGCUUUGUACAAGGGCACGAAGGAAGCCCUCAGGCAGUCAGGAAUGUCGAGUAUGAAGUCCCCGAGAAAGGGAAGCUUAAGGUUACUUGGGACGAUACAGAUCCAUCCGAAGCUUAUCGAUACUAUGCAGUUUAUUACAAAAAGAAGGAUGAAGAGGGAGAGUACAAGAUGGAGAAGGUGGUUGCGCGCUAUAUUGAACUUGACGUCGAACCAGAUACUGCUUAUGACGUCGGCAUUAUCUCAGCAAACGCAUUUGGCCACAGCCCACUUGUUUUUCUGGAUGUUUCAUCGACAAGUGUCGGCAAGUCACACUCUUCUAGCGGUGGUUCGUCAGCGUUCUUCAUUUUCUUACUUCUGAUCUGUUGCGGUUUAGUUAUUAUCGGUAUAAUUUACCUGGGACGUCGGCGUGAUCUUCCGGCUCCUUUCGGUAAACUCGUACGACGUCAACAACCAGCCCGAGGACAUCCCUCAGUUGCUUUCGAGAACCCGGCUUAUGUGUCCGGUCAUGAAGUGGAGAUACGAGGGCUUGGCGGAGGUGGAACCGCUAACGGCGACACGGACUGGCAAAGUCAAGACCUGCAGGCCUCCACCGCACCAGAAGAGUACCGUAACGGAAUGCGUUGUUCGAAUAUGAGCAAGAACAGUAGUCAGGGUUUAGUGCCAGUGCACUAUUACAAUCUUCAGCUAAUCCUAACUUCAGGAAAUUUUCAAGGAAAAAAUAGCUUCCAGUACCGUACAAAAAUGAAGGAGCUGAUGAUGACAUGGACCUCACUUAGCUCAACAUAA